AGGCAGGUCUUGUAACUGCACCUUGUAUAGAAGAAAAGAACGGAAUUCUCUAACGGUGACUAGUCCAGUGGUUUGCAUUACUGUUCCUAAGUGGUCAUCAUGGCUCCAAGUUUAACAAACGAUCCUGUCUUCAAGACCCUGAAUGAAUGGUACAAAGGGCACGCAUCGAGCCUCAACAUGAGGAAGUUGUUUGCAUCUGAUCCGGAAAGAUUUAAUACAUUUAGCACAACCCUGAAGACAGAUGCUGGGGAAAUCUUGGUGGAUUACUCCAAGAACCUCAUCAGUGAAGAUGUUCAGAAGUUGCUGAUAGCAUUGGCAAAGUCCAGAGGAGUUGAGGAUGCAAGAGAACGCAUGUUUAAAGGAGAGAAGAUCAACUUUACUGAGAAUCGAGCUGUGCUGCAUGUUGCCCUGAGGAAUCGCUCAAAUGUUCCAAUGCUAGUGGAUGGGAAAGAUGUGAUGCCAGAAGUGAACAAGGUCUUGGAAAAGAUGAAGGCCUUCUGUCAGAGAGUACGUGGUGGUGAAUGGAAAGGUUACACAGGCAAAACUAUAACUGAUGUUGUCAACAUUGGCAUCGGUGGAUCUGACUUGGGACCACUCAUGGUGACUGAAGCCCUAAAGCCUUACUCCAAGAGAGAACUUCGUGCUUGGUUUGUAUCAAACAUUGAUGGUACGCACAUUGCCAAAACCCUUGCUGAGCUGAAUCCAGAGACUACCCUCUUCAUUAUUGCAUCUAAGACUUUUACCACCCAGGAGACAAUCACCAAUGCAGAGACUGCUAAGGAAUGGCUUUUGACAUCUGCAAAUGAUCCUUCUGCUGUGGCCAAACAUUUUGUUGCCCUGUCCACCAAUGCUCCAAAAGUGAGAGAGUUUGGAAUAGACACUGAUAACAUGUUUGAAUUUUGGGAUUGGGUUGGUGGACGCUAUUCCCUAUGGUCUGCUAUAGGACUUUCAAUUGCUUUGCACAUAGGAUUUGACAACUUUGAGCAGCUACUCAGCGGAGCACACUGGAUGGAUAAUCAUUUCCGCACAGCACCUUUGGAAAAAAAUGUACCAGUUUUGCUGGCAAUGCUUGGAGUUUGGUAUACUAAUUUCUAUGGUGCAGAAACGCAUGCCCUGCUGCCUUAUGACCAGUAUAUGCAUCGCUUUGCUGCUUACUUUCAGCAGGGUGACAUGGAAUCCAAUGGAAAGUACGUUACCAGCAAGGGCUCUUGUGUAGAUUACAACACUGGGCCCAUUGUAUGGGGCGAACCUGGAACAAAUGGACAGCAUGCAUUCUACCAGCUUAUUCACCAAGGUACUCGUAAGAUUCCUGCAGACUUCUUAAUUCCAGCUCAAACUCAGCAUCCUAUUAGGAAUGGACUUCACCACAAGAUUUUGAUGGCCAACUUCCUUGCUCAGACAGAGGCUCUGAUGAAGGGAAAGACAACUGAAGAAGCUCGCAAGGAGCUUGAAGGUGCAGGAAUGAGUGGAGAAGCUCUGGAGAAGCUUUUACCACACAAGGUCUUUGAAGGAAAUAGACCAACAAAUUCCAUUGUCUUUCCGAAAUUAACUCCGUACAUAUUGGGAGCCUUGAUUGCCAUGUAUGAGCACAAAAUCUUUGUACAAGGCGUUAUAUGGGACAUCAAUAGCUAUGACCAGUGGGGGGUUGAACUUGGCAAACAGUUGGCAAAGAAAAUUGAACCAGAGCUGCAGACUGCUGAUGCUGUAAAAUCACAUGACAGUUCCACCAAUGGACUCAUAAAUUUCAUCAAGCAGCAUUUUGCGUGACCACAUGGACCAUUCAAGUGCACUAGAACACCAUUAUGCAGAACUUCCCGAUCACUGUUGUAGUUGCAGGGUUCAACCAGCACUUUACCAGUAGUGCACCUAUUUGUUGCAGUAGUUCACUCUGCUAAACUUCCAUGAACACAUCUCCUUGCAGAGAUCUGUCAGUACUUAAGGUUUUUGUUGUGUACCCUGUGCAGUGUUAUGGGUCUCUUUCCCUGCUGUCUACCUCCUGCAAAAACAAACAGAAUAAAUGUUUCCGUAAGGCAUUUAA